AUGGCUUACAAUGUCAGCGAUAGCUUCCAGGUCAUGAUGCAGUGUAUCGAGGACCCGCUGUUCACUGAGACGUUGCGGCGCUUCGAGCGAGAGCACUGCCGUGAGUUUGAGGAGCAAGAGGAGAACAAGCUGUCCUACACCAUCAUCCACCAGCAGUACAUCCAGCUGAUCGAGAUGUGGAUCGAGGGGCGGAUGGCACAGGUCAUUGAGGGCUUCAGCAUGGAGGCCUUUCUCCCAGAGCUGAACGCCUUCCUCCAGUCGGGUGGCGCGGACAUCAAGGAUGUCCACAAGGCGGUGGAGAUCUUGAACCCAGCAUGGGACUUCCUGGUCUUCAAGGACAUGAUGUUGGAUGCCAGCAAGCGUGUCUUCUUUGCCAUUGACUUCUGA